UAGGAAAGCUGCACAUGUAAUCGGUGCGCCGGUUUCUUUCGCCUCACGACCAAUUAUCUUUACAGUGGACUACCAGUUAAGUGUCCAAAAUAGCAAAAUGGUUGCCAAUAAAGUGGAUUUCGCUGCCGCGGAUCAGUCCACGGCUGUGUCGGGCGUGGCCAUAAAAGAUGAGCUACCCAAAGGUGACUAUAUCCUGGUUGCCGUUGACAUUGACACAACUGGGCGCCGUCUAAUUGAUGAGAUUGUUCAAUUGGCUGCUUACACCCCAACCGAUCAUUUUGAGCAGUACAUUAUGCCGUAUAUGAAUCUGAACCCCGCUGCUCGCCAGCGUCAUCAAGUUCGGGUUAUUUCGAUCGGAUUUUUCCGUAUGCUGAAGUCGAUGCAGACCUACAAGAUAAUUAAAUCGAAAUCGGAAGUUGCUGCGCUCAAGGACUUCCUCGACUGGCUGGAUCAGUUGAAAUUAAAGAAUCCCAAUGCAAAUGGCAUUGUUCUGCUCUAUCAUGAGGAGCGUAAAUUCAUUCCAUAUAUGAUACUGCAAUCGCUGGUUAAAUAUGGCAUGCUCGAGAGAUUCAGCAAGACGGUCAAGUCGUUUGUGAACAGCUUCAAGCUGGCCAAGUCCUCGAUGGCCGACACGAAGCACCACAGUCUACGCAGCCUCUCGAAGCUCCUCUCCAGAGCCAAGGAAGAGAAUGCCCUCAAGCCAGAUAGUAAUUGCAUCAGCAGCAGCAGCAGCAAUGGCGCUAUAAAGAAUCGACUCCAGAGGGAUCGAGGUGAUUUCGAUGGCAGUGCCAGCGUUCGUGCCAAGCUCGCCUUCAAUGUGGCGCUGAAGCUGAGCAAUUUAAUGGAUAGCUGCGUGCCCGAAUCAUCCGAUGAUUCAGGCAAUCUAUUUAAUGCACUCAAACCAUACACCGAGGCCAUCAGCUCCGAUGUUGAUGAGCUGGACACCCAGAAUGUCCAUUUGGAGCGACAGAACUCGUUCCGUCCGGUCUUCUUGCACUAUUUCAAGACAACGCUCUAUCAUCGCGUGCGCGCUGUCAAGUUUCGCAUUGUGCUCGCCGAGAACGGCUUCGAUUUGACCACGUUUAGGGAUAUUUGGACCGAUAAGCAUAGCGAGGGACUUCAUGCCGCACUCCAGGGCAUUGACAGCCUGAAGGCGGAGGAUAAGUGUGAACUGGUCGGACUGCUCGACAGCUUCUUCGAUCCCAACAAGACGACGAUCAAGCCGAUCGUCAAGCCGGGCACCAUUCGUCGGCGCCAUAAGCGCAACUCGCUGAAACACAAGUCUGGAGCUGGCGAUGAGAUCGGCGCCGGUGGCGACAAAUCGCAAAGUGUGUCCUCUGUGCCCGACUCAACCACAAAGACACCGCCAUCAUCCCUUAGGAACGGCAGUAGGCCACAGCGCAAGCGCAACUCGCGUGCCAGCCUUAACAACAACAGCGAGGUGAAGAUCACCGAGUCCGAUUCGACUGGCAUUUCGGUGUCCGGCACCCAACAGCAGAUACCCAUUGCGGCCACCAACUAGAGGGGGGAGCUGGAAGGUGGCGCAGUCAAGUAAAUGAAUUUUGCCAUUUGAUAUUUGCUUUUUAAACUUGCAUUUUAACCCCAACCGCUUAGUAGAAAAAGUAGUAUAUAUAUAAUAUAUAUAGCUUAACUUGGCGCUUUCUAGAAUGAAUUUGUAUGAAUUUAUGUUGCUUACUUUUAUUAAUUGCAAAUCUUUGCUUUGUAUUAUUUUAUUGAAUUUUUUAUAAAAACAAACAUUGAGAUCAUGCUUGAUUAUUUGUUAUAAUUGUAUUUUCCAUUUCUGCAGCCACAAAAAAGCAAAUCAAAAAAAUCUUUGGUUUAAAAAAAAGGAAAAGGAAAAAGGCAAAGAAGAGGCAGACAAAUAUCGAACAACAUUUAAAAAACUAUUUUCCUUUUAAAGAACGCCACAGAUUUGAAACAAAUUUUAUAGUCAAAAUUUCAAGAUUUAUCGUAAAUUUGCAGUAUUUUUUUUUUUUGUAUGGCACAUUUUAGUCAAUUGGAAAUUCAAGUAAUCUCGUGUUAAAUGUAUACAGGCUAUAUGAAAUUUAAUCGAUUCGCUAGAAAAAAAAAACUAAUUGCAAGAAAAUUGUGCAAAUCAAGUAUGAUAAAAUAAUCGCAAUUAUGAUAAAUAAUAUUUAAUGGAGCUACUACUGCUUGAACCACUACUAAUGCCGAAGAAACACGUUCACCCAAAACUGCAUAUUGUAUGGGAAUUCCGACGCGGAAGAAAUCGGCCGUUAAAAAGACUGUAAUUAAAUAUGCCAUAAAAUAUCGUUGCGUUCAGGUAUAGUUUUCCAGCAAAUCAUGUGCAACAACGCUUGGAAAAAUAUUAACCAAAAAACGCUUCGAUUGGAACAACAUUGGGUAUACCUUGGGAAAAUACACAGAAAAGAAGAAUAUAGGUUACCCAAUGUUAAAUAUAUGUAGAAUAAUCUCGCUUAAAACCAUGCAACAAUCACAAACCAUGUAAAUUUGCAGAAGAAAAGAAACUAUAGCUUAGCUGAAGUCAAAAAAUAACAAUUGUAAUUCACCCAAAUAUCUUAAAAUAAUUACGAAUAAGAGAGAUGGGGAGAAACUAUAGCUGAUAGCUGAACACACUCGUACACUCAUUACCCCAUUUACAUAAAUAAUUCUGUAUUUCAAACACAACCACAAAAUAUUUGUAUAAGUUUUUCAAAAAUUAAAUUAAACACGAAAUCGUAACGUA